AAUAACGUUACAGUACGCACAGCAGUCAGUGAAAUGGCGCUGGUAAUUCCACAAUGUACGAAUGAAAAACUGAUCACAAUACUUCUAAUGCUCAAUGGCAUCAUGAUGCUCACAUACGUCUACCAAGAUAAACUACUUUAUGAUAGUAAUGUAAAUAUUCUCAAAGAAAGGAAGACCUUAACGAGAAGCACAAACGCGUUUCAAAGCCAAGGUGGGAGAAGCAGUGACGCCAUCGAAGAACAGUUGUGGAGAAACGCAAGCCCGAGUAGGAGAUAUAAGUCACCUAACAUUACAAAUAUUCCUUAUACAAUUGAUGAGGGUGACGCCGGAUACUAUAACUUAAGAAAUAAUGAAGCAUUGCGAUUCCACUGCGGACACUGCGCUGUUGUCACAAACUCUGGCCAUUUACUUAACAGCAGCGCUGGCUCAAGAAUUGACAGCACAGAAUGUGUAUUGAGAAUGAACGCUGCGCCUACCAUAGGCUUUGAAGAGGACGUUGGUAAACGCACCACAAUCAGAGUUAUAGGUCAUGCCAACAUAGGAAAGACUCAAAUUCUCGAAAGUGAAGAGCCUAAAAUGGUUGUUAUACCGUGGCUGUAUGUAACAAAUAUCGACAGAGAAAAAAACGUGUAUUUCAAUAUAGCGAAAAAUCUGUCUGUGAAUCAUACAGGUGUUGAAUUCUAUCUAUUCAGUGAGGAUAAAGUUAAUAUAUCCGAACAAAUAUUCAAAGAAGAAACGGGAAUAAAUAUUUGGAAGGAGGCGCAUAACUGGUUAUCAACAGGAUGGAUGACUAUGAUAUUUGCAUUAGAUGUUUGUGAUCGUAUCGAUGUUUACGGAAUUGUUCCUGGAGAUUACUGCAGCAAAUUGACGAACUGGACAACACCGUAUCAUUACUACGAUCCUAAAUUCAGAUCAGAAUGCGGCUAUUAUAACGCAAGCGAAACCAGAUUAAUAGGUGGGCACAAGUUUAUAACAGAAAAGGCUAUAUACGCAAAAUGGUAUCAGAAGUACAAUCUCAACUUCUACCAUCCAACAUGGGAUGCCGAGGACUUAGAAACCAGUAACAACCGUACCAACAGCACUUUCUUAAAUACCCCGUAUCUUCGACGGUAUCAACGUGCUAUGGAAACUGGUGAAAUGAAAGAAGCUUUGCUUGCACUUGAAAAGAAAAAACACAAAGUUCAAAGAAUUUUAAAGACUAGAGAAAUACUGAGAAAACGAAAAGAAGCUAGGCUUUUGAGGGCACGGAGAAGAAUUCAAUUAGUGAAAGCACGGAAACGAAAUGCUGCACCUAAGAGUGUGAAUUCACCCGAAAAAAAUAGCACAUUGCAAGAAGGCAAUGAUCAAAAAAAUAAUCAAUCUAAGGGGAAUAUAUUAAGAAAAUUCAGAAACAUAAACACUGCUAGAUAAUGCCUAUUGGGCCAAUCGUGAUGGUGGUCGUGAAAACGAAUUCAGCUGCACUUAUUUCCUACGAGAUAUCCGGGUGUAGUACCAGGUAAAGUAUAGGACAAGAAGGUUCGUCGACUGCUGAUUUCACAGGGAUUUUGGACCCCUAUGAUUUGUCCCUAAGACUUAACCCAUAGUAAAUUCGGCCCAAGCAAGUAUUCUGCGGACAAAAAAUUUGGGCGUCUGCCGUCUGACCAAACUUCCGGGGUUCGAAUUCACUGGGGAUUUCUCUUUUCCACCCACCCACCUCCCGUUUAAGAAAUUCGGAAUGGAGAGUGCCGAAUCCAUUUACGUCAGGCCCUCGUUGAGAUAUGGGAGAUGACUUUCAUGUAGGCCUACUGCCGUCGAUAAUGAUAGCGUUUAACCAUGCAUAAAACCUACCUCAUAGAAAGGUUAAGCUAUUAUAGGUACAUUAAUAUUUAUUAUCAUUAUUUCAUACUUCACCCUUUUCUUCGUAAUUGUUGUAAUUACCUCCGCCAAGAAAGUUGUAUUCACUGCUUGCUGUCUGUCUGUCUCUCGGGUUGUCGUUGUGUCUGUUCGCAAAAACUAAUGAAUGGAUCAUCAUAAAAUUUAGUAGAAUGGUACAUAGUAAUUGAAGAAAGACACCAGUCAAUUUUCGGAAGAAAAGGUCAAAGGACCAGGUUAUGGUCACGGAAAUUUGAUUUUUGUCCCUCGAACUUAAAAGAAAAUAAUGGAAAUUUUCUUGAGGGAUGCUGUAGCACUCAAUAAAAUUAUGUACCUAAAUACGACGGGAGAUUCCGUUAUUUCCUUGAGGGUAUGCUGCAGUUUUGCCCAUCAUACACACCUGUGUAUUGUGGUACUAUAUUCAGGCACAGGGCGGAGGCAUGCACUCUAUGAAGUGACUGUUCUAGUAAAUUGUGUUUUCAUUUAAAAAAGCAAUCUAGUUAUUAAUAUAAUUUUUAAAUAUAACUUACUUUAUAAUGUAUACAAACAUUUUAACCAAUAUAAAAAUAAAUGAUCAAAGGGGCAAAAGUACACCGUGAACAAUACAACCAAAAAAACGAUACUGGUUGACAAAAGUUAAAUUGAACGAACUACACGGAAUCAUAAAGACAGGUUUUUAGUUUCAGCUUAAAUUAGUUAAGGGUGGGCGAGUUUUUUUUUUUUUUUAGAUAUGAGUAGGUCGUUUCAGAGAGAUGACGUAGGAAACACAAAGGUUCGUUUGAUCAUAUGUUUUUGUUUUAGAUUUUGAGAUAGUGAGAAGACUUUUAUUUGCAGAGCGAAGAUGACAAUUUGGGACAUAGAGAUUGACAUUCCCAGCUAAAAUAUUACGUUCUUAGAACGUUGUAAUAACGUUACAGUUUGGUGAUAAAAACGUUAUUUUGUAGAACCAUUAUGUACGUACUUAUAACCUUAUUUCACAACGUCACAACGUUUGAACGUUUUUACUACAUUCACGAACUUUGGUUUUGUGUUUUCUGGGUAGGUCCUAUAACCAUAUUUUAAAUAAAACGUCUGAAACAAAUCAAAUUGAUAUGUAUACGGCAUAGGUAUUCAUAUUGGAUCACUCUUUAGGAUAGCUGCCAUGUGUUUUUAUUUGGGAGGACGUAGAACGUAAUGACGUCAUUAAAAGUCACAUCGUCGAUUAGAUUCUGGAACGCAAUUUGGCCAAAUCUACAUAAAUUAUGAAGAGAACGUAGGACGCCAGGUAGGACGGUCACGCAUGAGUGAUUCCGUUCUAGCGUCGCGUCCUCGCACAAAUCGGAAGCUCCCUAUUCUAUGAUUACUGUACGGUGUAAUGCCUAAGUAUUAAACGUCAAUAAUUAAAUUUUACUUUAGCAUUAACUUGUUAUAUACAGCCACCCAAAAAAAUCAGUUAAUAAAAGUAGACUUAAAAAAAGGCGAAUUAGGCCAACUGAUUAAAAAAAAAAAAGUCGCAUAAGUUAUUCUUUAAAAAAUAUAGUUUUAAAUAAUUUACAGAUACUUACUUCCAAAAAUCCUUAAUUUUGCUGUCACAAAAGGGUAAGAUAAAAUAUAUUUAGAAAGGCGAAAUAUGCCUAGGCCUACUCAUUAAAAAAAAGUCACAUAAGUUAAUCUUUAAAUAAUAUAGCUUUAAAUAAUUUACAGAUAUCUAUUUCCAAAAAUAAU